GAAGAAAAUGGAAAACGUACAACGGUUACGCAUUAAGCCUGAAGAUAUUCUUGAGGGUUAUGGUAGACUUGAAUUCAACGACGAUGUGCCCGCUCCGUCUGCGUCAAUCACCUCGCCGCAAGACAUUAUUUUAGAUUCGUCUAUGACCCCUACAUUUCUUCCACGAAGAAAGUGGGAUCGCGCAGAUGCGCUUAGGCAACUAAAGGAAGCGCUCUUGAUCGACACACCACCGCGUCUUGUGAUGCCUAGGGUCUCACCAGGCACUGGAGCUGAAAGAGAGGACAUCCAUACCUCAGAUAAGCAACUAGAUCUUUUGUGUAGAAUAGUAGGCAAGAUCCAUCCGUCCAUGCGCGCGUCCCGCACCCUGCAAGAGAUACAUUCUGAGUGUGCCGCACUUAUGGACUGUCUAUGCACCAUAGGGAAUGGCAAUCUUGACUCUACAAUGAGGUCUGAUAGCAACAUGUGGUUUGUAAGCAACGAGGGAGUGGAUGUCUUGCAGGCUCGGGCACGUAGGGCACUGAGGAAGGCUCGCGAGUGGGAUGAGGUACGUGAGCUUCUCGAUCAAGAUUCUUUUCAACGUCGCUUCUUUGAUGCUAAUAACGCUGAGCGUGUAAUUGGAGAUGUGAUCAAAUUCAGAGCGUGUGUUGCCCAUGCGAAGGGGCUCACCAAUGAGUUUGCUACGUUGCUUGACCGACUCUAUCUAAUAGUCCCUGUCAUGGAGGGUGUCAUUGGGCGAUCCAGAGCCUUGGACGACCUGGAAGAGACAACCUCGUUAGAAUUCAGCACAGAGUUGGAUAACCUGUUGAAGGCCAUGGGCAGCUUCGAGGAGAUUGUAAAGCAAAACAAUACCGCUCUUUCGCGUAACGUGGAUUCUAUAACAGAACGCGUCGCUCAUAUUAGACAACGACUUUCGCGUUCAAGUGAAAGUAUAUAAGCAAGAUGAUAUUUGACAUCAUGAAAAACUUUUCAUCCCUUUAAAAA